GGGGCAGCCGCGUGUCUAGGCAGACGGGGCCGGGAGCGGCGCGCGCGCGCCCCGCCAGCCUCUGGCGCGCCCCCGGCGGCCGGGGCCGCAGCGUGCUCGCCCCCGCCGCCAGCUCGCCUCACUUAUGGGUCGGAAACGCUGCGUGGGGGAGACUGUUCCAAGAUGGCGGCGGGUUGCUGCGGGGUGAAGAAGCAGAAACUGUCCAGUUCGCCCCCCUCUGGCUCCGGUGGCGGUGGUGGCGCCUCCUCCUCCUCCCACUGCAGCGGAGAGAGUCAGUGCCGAGCUGGGGAGCUGGGACUAGGAGGCGCCGGUACGCGGCUCAACGGGCUGGGAGGUCUAACCGGAGGAGGUAGCGGCAGCGGCUGUACCCUCUCUCCCCCCGAGAGCUGCGGCGGCGGCGGGGGGAUCGCCCUGUCGCCACCAGCGAGCUGCGGAGUGGGGACCCUACUUUCUACCCCGGCCGCCGCCACCUCUUCCUCACCCUCCUCUUCGUCCGCCGCCUCGUCCUCAUCGCCGGGCUCCCGGAAGAUGGUGGUGUCAGCAGAGAUGUGCUGCUUUUGCUUCGAUGUGCUCUACUGUCACCUGUACGGAUACCAGCAGCCCCGGACCCCCCGAUUCACCAACGAGCCCUACCCACUGUUUGUAACAUGGAAGAUUGGUCGAGACAAAAGAUUACGUGGAUGCAUAGGUACUUUUUCUGCCAUGAAUUUGCAUUCAGGACUCAGGGAGUACACACUUACCAGUGCCCUUAAAGAUAGCCGUUUUCCCCCAAUGACAAGGGAUGAGCUGCCACGGCUUUUCUGCUCAGUGUCUCUGCUCACUAACUUUGAAGAUGUCUGUGAUUAUUUGGACUGGGAGGUGGGUGUACAUGGCAUUAGAAUAGAAUUCAUCAAUGAAAAAGGAUCAAAACGCACCGCCACCUACCUACCGGAGGUUGCAAAGGAGCAAGGAUGGGACCAUAUUCAGACCAUAGACUCCUUAUUGAGGAAAGGAGGAUACAAAGCUCCAAUUACUAAUGAAUUCAGGAAAACCAUAAAACUGACCAGGUAUCGUAGUGAAAAGAUGACCCUGAGCUAUGCUGAAUACCUUGCUCAUCGCCAGCAUCAUCAUUUCCAAAAUGGCAUUGGGCAUCCCCUUCCGCCAUACAACCAUUAUUCCUGACACUGAGCCGCACAACCAGUCACUGGGCCUCUCUGCAGACCUCUUCCCAGGAGACCCUACACCUUCUUGGUCUAGCUAUCUCGUUUACUGUACCAUUUUAUGAUGAUAGUUUCCGUUGCCAUGGUGAAGCUUCGACGUCGUCAGUUAAGAUCAUCAUGGUAACGGGUAGGAAAAUGGCAUUUGUUAAGAUCCUGUUUUAUUAUUUUAGAUAAUUGAUUUUUUUGCAGCAUAUAUAACUUUGGGGUUUUUGUUCCCUACAAUAUUAUGUGGAAUUUUGCUUUGCUAUCUCAGUCAGGUUUCUGUUUUUCCAUCCUUCUUGCCUUUCUUCCUGUUUUGCUUCCUGUUUUCCUAUUUUCUUCCUGUUUUCCUUCUUCCUUCCCUCCUUCCCUUCCUUUGACUGUGGAUGGAAGAAAGUGUGCAGUUUUUGGGGAUUUUACUUGGGUUUGUCUUUAGUUUUCCUCAGUAAGAUAGUUAUGUUUUUUUUUUUUUUUUUUUUGAUACCUGAGUUUUGGAUUAAUUCAUAUCAAAUUCAGGUAUUUGUAUAUUACUCUUGAUUUUUGUCUGAAAUUCACUUUGCUAUGACAGUUUAGUAGUUGUGUCUUCACUCCUUAAGUAUAUGUUUUUUCCAUGGUGAAGAUAUAUGAACUUUAGUUCUAGUCGUGAGCAUUCAAAGGUCCAUGAUAGGGCUUGUCACAGAGGGAAAGAAAUCAUUUAUGCCUAUUGUGCUGGUUACUAUAGAAGAGACUGCCCGACCACUUUAUAGAACCAAUUUGCAAACUAAAACACUGUUUUGAGAAAGUACAAACUACCUUUCAAAAAGGCUACAGGAAUCAUUUAUAAGAGCAGCAAAUAUUAGGAAGAGAGCAGAUACAGAAUUUAGUGCCUUUGAGAAGAAUAUAAUUAAGUGGAAUUAAGAAAGGUUAGAAAAAAGGCAAUUUAGAAAAAUAUUCUUGUAAAAUUUUAUUGUUUCUAUAUGUGAAACAGCAGAUUAGACAAAUUUCUUACUCAAGUAUUUUUUUAAGCUGAAAAAAUUUAUUUUGAGCAAAUAACCAAAAAGAGACAUUUGUCUAUUUUAUAUUAAUUUAAAUUCAUUAGCUCUAGGUUUCAAUAUAUCAUGAUUGGCUAGAGUCAAUUUUAGCUACCAUCUAAAGAUAUGGUAAAAAUAAUUGAGUGAAACGAAAGUUCAUAUUUGCCGUGAUUUCAGAUAUGUUUGUCAUGGGGACAAUACUAGAGUUUGAGAGAUACUAUAAAAUAGCUUGAAUCUCUUUCUGCACUACAUACUUUUGAUAGAAACACAUUUACUACAUUGAUAAGAUGUUAUGUCACACCUGUGAAAAUGGAGUUGGCAUUCAGAUAUGCCAUAGUUAGAAAAUAGCAUCUGCAGGGAUAGUCUUCCCAUGAUGCAUACAAAGAGAACUUACUGAGGUCAAUAGGAGGUCCAUACAUAUAUCCCCAGGAAAAAUGACAGAUUAUUCUGGAGAAAGAUGGCCUUCAUUUUAUGGUUAUGUGUGUGUGUGUCUGUGUGUGUCUAUGUGGUGUACAUAUAUAUAUAUUUCUCCAUGUAUAUGUGUGUGUGUAUAUACAUGGUGUGUGUGUGUGUAUAUAUAUAUAUCUAUAUAUAUAUAUAUUUUCCAUAUAUAUAUACCAUACACACACACACACCUUUGGAAAAAUAUAUAUAAUUUUUUCAAACAGGAAGCCAACAUAUCAAGUGAUGAAUUAAAGUAUGCUGCAGAAUAUAUAUUCUAAAACUAUAAGAAAUAUCACUGAAUAUCAAAAUGAUAUAGCUUAUACAUAUAGUUGCUGUGACAGGUGACAGACUGCUAGUUCGAAAUUCAAAAAUCCUUUCCUAGUUUGUGAUAUAAUUGGCUGAAUUCCUUCUGCUUGCCACUGGGGCAAAGCAAACUGCUUUAGUUUUUGAUGACAGUUCUUAGAAGUUUGUUGGUAUUCCUUCAUCCACAGCAUCCAUUGUUGAGAUAACCAUUUUCAGUUGUGAUGCCUUAAACUAAGAAGCCAAUUGUUAGCCUGAAAUGCAAUCUUGGUAGCCAGUUUCAAUGAAUCUAGAGAUUGGUCAGAAAAAGCUGUUGGACUUUAGAAAGAGAUUUUGAGUCCUGUCAUUUCUACUUGGGAGCAUUUUGGAGCAGAUUAGUCUUUCAGUAUAAAAUCAAGUGGCUACCUGAUAGAAACUUUCUUACCCUUAUAGGGAAACUGCUGAGCACAAGCUGAAUGAUAUUGUCUGCUGCAAAAAAAAAAAAAAAAAAAGUAAAUAAAACAAGCAAACUGAAGAGAGACAAAAUAGACCAAUAUUAUCGUGAAAUCCAUCUUAUCCAUCAUCUCAUCAGUUCAACAGGCUCCUCGUCCCGGGUGAGCUUAUGGUUAGAAGUUUUUUAGCAAAGAUUUAUUACAUACAUAGAUGUGUGUGUGUACAUAUACUUAUACAUACAUACAUAUAUGUGUGUUUGUAUUUAACGGUGCUAAUCAAUCUUGAGCAGGUCACGUGACUGGUCAUGCGGACUCUAAAAUCAUAUCAGAUUUUUUAAAAUCCUUGAUAUAUGCAGAUGUUAUACAGAUUUUCUUAGCAGUGUAAUAAUGUUAUACUGAAGAAAUAACCAUCCUGCAGGCUUCAAAGGACGAGGUCAGCAAUAUUUCCCAACAUGGCUUGGGGGAAAAGGAUAGUUUUGUCUCCUUUUGUAUUCAAGUUAAUGCAAAGUGCAUUUUGUCUCUAAGUAGCUGUUGACUAAAAGAUUUUGUAGUGUAAAGGGUGUUAUACAAACUGUAAUGGUGUGCUUCAAACAAAUGCUAGACCCUUUCACCUUUGUCAUAUAUACAAAGCUGUUAAAUAUGUGGUAUGAAUUAACUUUGAACAUGUUGAAAUAUGUAGCAUGUCUUUAACUCAGACAAAGAUUCUAAUUGCACAGGUUGUGUUUUAGCCAAUUGUGGUUUAUUUGUUCAGAAACACAAAUGUGAAUUGCACUCUUAUCAUCAGAAUAUUAUAUGAGUUCAGUGAUCUUUAAACAGCUCAGAAGUAAUACUUGAACUUCAUUUGAGUAGCACAAAGUUUACAUAGCCCCUUUUAAAUGUUAAUUUGUUCCAUUUAAGUUUUUUGUUUUCAAAUGCAACUGGGUAUUUUUCUUCUUGGAAGUAGUAUGUACUUCGCUUUGGUAUGUAGCAAAAGGCUUCCAUUUCUGGAAGGGUUUUCUUGUUCUGAAACAAGGUCAGCCAGGUACCAGAUUCUAAAAGAACAAACUGUCCCCCACCCCUCAAGUGGCCUUCUGACUGCACGAGAAUGUGCUACUGUCCUCUGUAGUCUCCCCUAACAUGAGAGGUCGGUGAAAUUGAUGGAGGAAGUGCAAGGCUUGCUUCCCCCAACCCUUAAAGCUUAAAGCAGUUAUAAUAUUUUCAGUCCAGCACAUACAGUCCCAAUGCCCAGCACACCGGAAGUUUGUAUACUGGCCUCUUGUCUUCAAAUGUGCAGGAAAUUUGAAACUGUCAUCUGGAAUAGGUUCCAUCUCUUAUGUGUGAUUGAUCAAACCAAAGAAGCCCCCAGCCAUGCCCAAAUGCUGCUUUAAAAGCCUGCCUUCCAGUCCUUACAAAAACCUUGCAGGAUUAAAUGUGUUAACUUUUUUAUUUUUGUACAGUUUCUAAGUGAUUUUUGCUAGUGAUGUUAAAAUGAAUUAAGUUUAUUUGAGGAGUGUGAGCACCUCCUCCAUUUAAAUAAACUGGUGACUUUCCUUUUAUUUUUUAAAAGUGGAAACCCAUUGUGUGCCUCUCGAUUUAAGGGUUUCUGAUGACAUUAUUCUUAAGACCAGCAUUGAUCCUUUAUAUACAAAGAUAUGUUUUCCUUGUUUUUUAUUACUAUUUCAGAAGAAAAUGAACCUUUUAUUUUGCUCUGGACCCAGUAACUGCGCUGGUACAUAGACGCACUGAGCAAACAAACUUUUGUAACCACCUCUGACUACUUUUGUAUAUCAAAGUUGAUUACUUUUGAAAUAUUUGGAUCUAGUUUCUAAGUUAUUUUAGUGUUUUAUAUGUUCCCCAAAAUUACUUUGAAUCGGUCACCAGCAUAAUAAUGAGUUCUUGGUGAUACAAUGGUGAGACUUGUAAUGAGCAAAAAGCUACCUGGAGUAGCUCUUCUUUUCCUUCUCUCUUAGCAACCUGUUUUUUGAUUACCGUAAGACAUCGCAGAUUACCUGAAACCCCUUCCAGUAUAAGUAGGCCCUCCUUCCUUCCACAUUUAAUUGCUUAAUAGUUUGAAGAAACUAUUGGAAAUGGGCAUUUUAUAUGACAUGUAUGGCUUUAAAAUAUUAAAUAUGAGCAAAAAGAAAAAAAUAUGAGAAGGUUUAUGUGGGUCUGUAAGGUAUGGCUGUGGAAAGAUAUUGUAGUAGUUUUGACACUAUUGUUAUUACCUUUAAAAUCAUUUACCCAAUAAAAUGUUAAAA